AUGGAUGAGGAGGAGACACAAUCUGGUUCGGAAGGCGCCACCUCUUUGGUCGUCGGAAACCUCUGCACGUUGCUCACGGUUCUGGAAAAAUAUGUAAUGGACUCAAUUCAGAAUUUCAGAUAUCUUGAUCGGCUUAAGUCUCUAUUUUCAGCUGCUUAUAUUUUACUCUGGCGACAAAAGCAAAUGUCUGGUGCCAUUCUGGUCUCUGCAACUGUCAUAUGGCUUCUCUGUGAGAGGAUAGGCUAUCAUCUUGUUCCAUUUUUGUGUCACUUUCUAAUACUUGCUCUUGCGAUAUUAUUCUUGUGGUCUAAUAUUUCUUCCUUCGUUAACAAGUCUCCUCCAAACUUCCCUGACAUUAGAUUGUCACAAGAACUGUGUGAUUGUGUUGCUCUCUUGCUGAAAGAUCAGAUCAAUCAGGGGUGUCCCUUUGAUAUAAGGGCAUCUGAUUUGAGAUUGGCCAUGAAGCUUUCUUGA